AUGCAGCCGGAGCCGCCAACGCCGUCCGACGGCACGACGGCGCUCCGACCGCGCGCCUACGUCACGGAGGGCCUCCCUCGCCACGACGCCGUGUUGUACUGCCCGUCGUGCUGGGCCUACCUCCAGCCCCCGGGGUCCUGGAUCCGCCGCGAGCCGCGGUCCUGGAUCAGCGCCACGCCGGGGAUGGCUGGAGAGGUAGCGAGCAUCCACCUAGGCCGCGUGCGCCGCCACAUCGCCGGCCUCGGCCUCACGAUCGCCGCCGCGAGGUUCGUCUCCACCGACCCCUGCCCCAGGCGCUUCGACCUCCGCAUCCACCUCCGCCACGAGCACGAGGCGCUCAAGACGGAUCCGCAGCCGCAGGCGCAGGUCGUCGAGCUCACCGCCCACGACCGCCUCUGCGACGCCUGCGUCCGGGUCCAGGCCGACCCGGACCAGUGGCCCGCCGUCGUGCAGGUGCGCCAGCGCGCGUGGCCGUCGUCGUGCUGCCGCAGCCGCACGCUGAACCACGUCAAGUCGCUGCUCGUCUUGUACUGCGGCAAGGACUCGUUCCUCCGCGUGGACUGGGACGCGGACGCCGGGGUCCUCGACGUGCACGUCGUGUCGCGCGCCCACGCCGACCGUUUCGUCCGCUUCGUCUCGGCCGUCGCGCCCGCCCGCGCCGCCGGCACGGCGCGGCGACAGCUCGUCUCGCGCGACGACGAGGGCAGCCCCUACGACCUCGUCCUCCUGCCCGCUGAGGCGUCCCGCGCCCUCGGCGGCCUGGGGCCUCUCGUCCUCUGCAUCAAGGUCACCAACUCGCUGGCGCUGCUCGACACCGGCAACAUGCGCGUCGUCGUGGUCGCCCGCGCGUCGGACGUGGGCAAGAAGGACGCCGCCGUCUUCACCGUGAAGACGCACCUCGGCUACGAUCUGGAGCCCGGGUGCCACGCGCUCGGCUACGACCUCUGCGGCGGCAACGCCUACAGCCAUGGCUUGGAGAAGUAUGGGCAGAGCCACAAGUUGCCAGCUGCGGUGCUUACUACGAGGUACUACGACGUCGAGGUCGAGGACGAGGACUGGGAGGAGAGCGCAGGCGAGAUUCAGGACGGCAGGGAGGGAGGCUGCGGCGGCGAGAUUGAAGAGGUUGCCACGGCCAUUGGAUGCAUGGACCUGAAUCUUGUCGACGACGAGGACGCCACCAUGGCACCAUUUGAUCGGCUCUGA